AUGCUCCUGGCUGCAGUCCUUGCCUCUGCCUUGCUUGUCCACUCCGUGGCCAGCCAGGGCUGUAUGACCUUGACAGGGAUCAAGAAUGUCAAGUUCCUCAUCAACAAAGUGCAGGAAGAUCCACCUUCAAAAUGCAGCUGCAGUGCCAAUGUGACUGAUUGCUUGUGCCUCCCCAUUCCUUCUGACAACUGCACCGCACCCUGCUUCCAGGAGGGCCUGUCGCGGAUGACCAACACCACCGUAGCGAGUCCCAGAAUCCUGAUCUUGAAUCGGGUGAAGAAAACAGUGGAAGCCCUGAUGAACAACAAGUGUCAGUAUUUUUCCUGUGAAGAGCCAUGCAGCCAAGCCACUGCAGGCAACACACUGACAUUUCUGGAGAGUCUCCUGGAAAAUUUCCAGAAAGAAAGGAUGAGAGGCAGAGUAUGA